UCUCUCAAUUCAUCAAACCCACCAAACUCGUCUCAAAAGCAUGGCGAUGACACAGGACAAUAUACGGGCUCUGGACCAGUUGCGCCAGCGUCUGUCUCAGCUAUCAACAUCCAUCUCCUCGUUGCGCGCAGACCUGGAGCGCAACGAACCUCUUCCGACAUGGCCUUCUCUUCAGACCUCUGCACACGCCCUCUCCUUCAAUCUGGAAGAGUUAAGCAAGACCUUCAACAAUCAUCGCCAGUUCCUCAAUGAAGCGCACGCCUAUCCCCUUCCCCAAUUUCCGGGCAACACGCACGAAGCACUCCUCGGCCAACUAUUGCGCAAGAAGCUGGAGCCGGGGGCGGAGGACUGGGUGGCGGAGCAUACCACGAAAUUCGAUCAGCGAAAUGGGGCACGAGCCGGGGACAAAGCUUUGGACAAGAACGAGUUGAAGGAGCUGUGGGCGUGGGCGGCUCCCACCAGCGCUGGCAUCGUGCGGCCCAUGCUGGAAGAUGGAGGUGCAUUCGACGAUGACUACACCAUCGCGGAGCGCGAAGCAGGGGUUGCAAGCGUGGUCACCGGAUUGAAGAGGCAGCUGGACGAUGAGGAGGACGAGGAUGAAGAAGAGGAAGGCGAUGGUGGGGAUACAGACAAGAUGGAGGACGUGGUGUCAAGUAACCCGCAGCAUUUGAACGCUGGAAAGGAAGAGGAUCAAGGGGUCAAUGUCGCUCUGCCCGCAAUGCCACUUGGGUCGAUGUUGCGGUUGAUGACCACUGGGACGAGGGCUCAGGGCAACCAAUCGAAUCUCCGAUAGGCAAAUAAUGCAUCCUAACGUCAAGAGAGAUCAGUUGAGG